GGGAUGCAGCUCGAUUAAAUGUGAGGUAAUAUUUCUACAGAAGUGGAGGUUGAAGCUUAAAGAAGUCUGAGGAAUCUAAUUGCAGUGAUCUCCAUGGCUACUUUAUGUUCAAAUCAUGUACAUCAGCUGGCGCUCAUAGUCACAGGAAUACUGUGCACAUUGCCACAAUGUAUGGCUCAAAUGCCUUCUAUCGCUCCAGCAAAUUCUCCCUUUUAUCAAAGAAAAAACAUUAAUGGUGUUCCAGCACAGGCUCCUGAUAACCCUUUACCUCCUAAAGUAAGCCUUGCCAUGUCUCCCCUUGAUCCUCUUCUAUCUCCUUCUGCAACUCCAGUGUUUACUCCUAUGACUUCUACACCCUCUCUGGCACCCACUGCAAACGGCCCACAAUUACAAUCCCCUGUUUCCCAGGCUCCCCAAACCACUUCCAUGUCUCCACUGGUUUCUCCACAGUUGCCCUCUGCUUCAUCUCCCACUUCCGCACCUACUGCAUUCCCACAUUCAUCACUCUCUCCCCAGCCAUCCCCUACUUCAUCUCCCUCUUCCGCACCUAUUGAAUUCCCACUUUCAACACUCUCUCCCCAGCUGCCCCCUGCUUCAUCUCCCACUUUUGUACCUAAUGAAUUCCCACCUCCAUCACUCUCUCCCCAGCUGACCCCUCUUUCAUCUCCCACUUUUGUACCUACUGAAUUCCCACCUCCAUCACUCUCUCCCCAGCUGCCUCCUCCUUCAUCUCCCACUUCAGCACCUACUGGAUUCCCACCUUCAACACUCUCUCCCCAGUUGUCCCUUGUUUCAUCUCCCACUUCUGUGCCUAUUGAAUUCCCACCUUCAACACUCUCUCCCCAGUUGUCCUUUGUUUCAUCUCCCACUUCCGCACCUAUUGAGUUCCCACCUUCAUCACUCUCUCCCCAACAGUCACCUGCUUCAUCUCCCACUUCCUCGUCUACCGAAUUCCCACCUCCAUCACUCUUUCCCUGGAUGUCCCCUGCUUCAUCUCCCACUUCCACGUAUACUGGAUUUCCACUUUCAUCGCUCUCUCCUCAGAUGUCUCCUGCUUCAUCUCCCACUUCCUCACCUACUGAAUUCCCACCUUCAUCACUCUUUCCCUGGAUGUCCCCUGCUUCAUCUCCCACUUCCACGCCUACUGAAUUUCCACCUUCAUCACUCUCUCCUCAGAUGUCCCCUACUUCAUCUCCCACUUCCUCGCCUACUGAAUUCCCACCUUCAUCAAUCUUUCCCUGGAUGUCCCCUGCUUCAUCUCCCACUUCCACGCCUACUGAAUUUCCACCUUCAUCACUCUCUCCCCAGCUGCCCCCUGCUUCAUCUCCCACUUCCGUGCCUACUGAAUUCCCACCUUCAUCACUCUCUCCCCAAUUGUCCCCUGCUUCAUCUCCCAUGUUUGCACCCACUGCAUCCACACCUUCAUCACUUUCUCCAAUGUCCUCCCCUGCUUCAUCUCCAAUUUCUGCGCCUGCUGCAUUUCCACCUUCACAGUUGGCCCCUGAUUCAUCUCCCAUCUCUGCACCUUCUGCAGCAGUGCCCAUCUCUUCUGCUCCACAGAUCUCACCAUCCAUGGAGGCGCCAGUAAUAUCUCCUUCGCCGGUUUCUUUGAAGACAAGUCCAUCGCCUGCAGAGGCGGCUCCCGAGAUCUCACCAACGCCAGCGAUUGCGCCCAGUUUUUCACAAGCGUUAUCUCCCUUUUCGCCUGCAACACUUGUAGAGGGAUCAUGGGCUACUUCAAGAACUAAAUUGGGUGUUUCAGUUUCAAUUGUUUUACCUGUCUAUUUGUUGCUGUUUGUAUGAGUACACAGAUUUGCAGACCGUAGUAAGGUGGAAGAUAGUUUGGUUAUUCUAUGAACUGUGCAAGUAAUUUGAAUAAAACCAGAUUUCUUAAUUCUAUUUAUUUCUUCUUUCUUUAUGUAAUACAGUGGAUAAAAUUGAAGAUCUACCUGUGAAUAGAAUGAUAGAAAGAACACAGAAUAUGGAAAGUACCUCAGUAAGACAUGUAUCUUAUAUUUUUACAGUUUGUGAUAUUAAUAAGAGUGUUUCAGGUAUCAA